AUGACUUUGACCAGCGCACGUGAGACUCGUGCAGCGACGCUCGUCGAGUGGUGCAAGCGCCUCGAUGACAUGCACAAGAUCGACGUUACUUUCAGUACUAGAAGGGAAUUGAUUGUUCAUCUGCUUGGCGCUGACCACCGCGAGGGUAAUACUGGAGCUGAGACCUUCGACGUGUUCCGGAGCUUUACACAGUACUUGGCCAAAGAGACGCACCUGACGUCACUCAAGUUGGUGCUGGUUGGACCCAAUCUAUCCAGAAAGCUGCACCUUACUCGAUUUUCGCAGGACUACUUCGUGGGUGGGUUUGAGGCGUAUUUCGAGGACAAGGCGCUGUAUUGCCAACCGGACCUCGUCGUGUGCUUCAACGCUGGCAUCUGGGGAUACGAUGAGUGGAUUCCAGCCAUUAAACUAGUGCUGAAUGAGGUGCGCGUGCCACUUCUAGUCACGUCGUACAACGAACAAGAAGCUGGAGACGACGAGGACGUGCUGGACGAACUGAUGCCGCUUCGAUGGCUUUGGCGGUCUGAGAAGAACCCGCGUGGGGCCUGCACACCACGCACGACGAACAACAAAGAUGGGUCCAUUCUCAAAGAGAACGACUACUGGAUGUGUCUGAGCGGUAGGCAACAGUGA